AUAAAUUUAAAUUUAACAAAAAUUAUAUUUUUCACAUUAUUAUCAUUUAGAACAUUAAUAUCAAUUUCAGCAUCAAAUUGAUUAUCUAUAUGAAUAGGAUUAGAAUUAAACCUAUUUUCUAUUAUCCCAAUUUUAAAUUUUAAAUCAUCAAUUUACUCAAUUGAAGCUACAAUAAAAUAUUUUUUAAUUCAAGCUUUUGCCUCAAUUCUUCUAUUAAUCUUUCUAAUUAAUAAAAACUUUAUAUUUAUAAAUAAUGAUAAUAUACUAAUUAUAAUACCAUUAUUAAUAAAAUUAAGACUAAUACCAUUUCACCUUUGAUUACCUUCAAUAAUAGAAGGGUUAAACUGAUUUUCAUGUUUAUUAAUAAUAACUUGACAAAAAAUCACACCUAUAAUUAUAAUUUCUUACUUAAAUAUUAAUAAAAAUAUAAUUUUUUUAAUUGCAUUAAUUUCAAUAAAUUCAAUUUUUGGUUUAAAUCAAAAUUCAAUACGAAAAAUUUUAGCUAUAUCAUCAAUUAAUAAUUCUACAUGAAUACUAUUUGCAAUUCUAAUAAAUGAAAAAUUAUGAGUUAAUUAUUUUUUAAUUUAUUCAAUACUAAAUUUUUUAAUCAUUAAAAUACUUAAUAACUAUAAUAUUAAUUAUAUUAAUCAAAUAAAAUUUUUCAAUUUAAAUUUUUUUUUUAAAUUAAAUAUAUUAAUACUAAUUUUUUCAAUUAUAGGUUUACCCCCUAUAUUAGGAUUUAUUAUAAAAUGAAUACUAAUUAAAACAUUAAUUUAUAAUAAUAUAUAUUUUAUUAUAAUAAUAUUAAUUAUAUUAACUAUUUUAAAUUUAUUCUUUUAUAUUAAAAUAACAUAUUUUAUACUAUUUAACUUCAAUAUUUUUAAUAAAUGAUAUUUACAAUUUAAAAAAAAUAAUUAUAACUUCAUUAUAAUAAUAAAUUUUUUCAGAUUAUUUUUCAGUUAUUUAUUUAUUUAUUAA